CGACAAUGUUCAGCGAGCGGCCGAUUGAGAUUCGAGAGCGACAGAGCGAGCGAGAUGGCGACGACAGCGGCGGUUGGCGACGACGGUACAGUGGUGGCGGCGGCGGGGCGUAGCAAGAAGAACCGGAUCCAGGUAUCCACCAACAAGAAGCCUCUCUUCUUCUACGUCAAUCUCGCCAAGAGGUACAUGCAGCAACACGAUGAGAUUGAGCUCUCAGCUUUGGGAAUGGCUAUUGGCACGGUGGUCACCGUUGCAGAAAUCUUGAAAAAUAAUGGACUUGCUACUGCGAAGAUGAUCCAGACCUCUACAGUCGGCACAAAAGAUGAAGUAAAGGGGCGAUUAGUUCGGAAGGCGAAGAUUGAGAUUUUACUUGGAAAGACUGACAACUUCAAUGACAUCGUGGCUACUGCCAAAAUAGUUCAAGAGAAAGAUGAAAAUGGAACGAAAGGCAGCACCAAGGGAAUCAUUGUUUCUGCUGAAAAAGCUGCUCAAGAUACAUCAGAUAAUGGAAAGACAAACAGCUCCAAUGGCAUUGUGCAUGCUGACAAAGUUGCUCAAGAUCCAGCUGGGGAUGGAACGAAAGAGAUCUCCAAUGGCAUUGUUUCCGCUGACCAAGUAGCUUGUGAGGCAGCUGAAGAUGGGAAAAAGGAGUAAUGGGAGGGAUGUGCGCCGCUUCAGUGAUGUUGGAUGUUCUGUAAAUACAGGUUGUCGACCUUGAUGAAAAGAAUGCCAUAGCAUAGAAAUAAGCGUUCUUAGGUCUGAUGGGUGUUGUUGUUUCUUGUAUCUGUCGAUCUUUGGCAUAAACGGCUCUUGAAUGAUCAAAAUGAAAUAAAAGAUUGUUUGCCCUGAA